CCACCUGAUACUGUACUGCCAAACAACUUAACAUCAUUGACCUUUGGAAAUAGGUUCAAUCAACUUAUCAUGCCUGGCGCACUACCAUCGAGCCUUGAACAACUCACAUUUGGAAGUGCCUAUAAUCAACUGAUUGAGUUGGGAUUGUUCCAUGAAGGCCUCACUUCAUUGGAGUUUGGCUCAUCAUUCGAUCAAGAGAUACCAGUGGGUGGCCUGCCCGUAUCACUUAGAAGCCUCACGUUUGGAAUGAUGUUCAAUCGCUCGAUCUAUCUUCAGGUGCUCCCGCCUGCGCUCACAUACCUUGCCCUUGGCGACACAUACAAUCAUACGUUCACACCUGAUCAGCUGCCAGAGAGUAUCGCCACGCUCAAGGUUGGCAGGGCCUCUAUCCAACCCAACGCAUUCCCUCGCAGUCUAACAUCGUUGUCAUAUGGUCUGUCCGUCACAUUCACGCAACACUUCCCCAAAGGCUUCCUCCCGCCCACACUCCUAAGUCUAUCGAUCGGAUUCAACUAUUACUAUCCACUGCCACCCGGGUCGCUUCCAGACUCGCUAACUGAGCUCAGAUUUCUCAGUGGCAUGGACCAGCCCAACGACAAUGUUACACUGCCCGCCAACCUCACCAAGUUGUCACUGUUGUCAACACAUCAGUGCAAGUACAUUCAAGAUCAUCCACACAGCAUUGAUCAUGUGACUAUCGUUGGAUCACAUGACAUGGACUACCCAGGCGACAAGGCAUGGAUGACGAAGCCAGUGAGGUUGAUGACGUUGACAGUAUAUGCCGAUCAUCACAGAGACAAAGCAUUGUCAAAAGAGCUUGUACUAUUACUCAGACGACUCUACGUCAACUAUCCAGCCGUGGAGACAUUCGAAAUCUUUGUCCAAGAUACCAACAAUCACAACAUGAUGUUGAUCAAAUGUCGUAUGAUCGAUGUUGUCAAGAAGAGAGUAGUGUAUACUGUACGAGAGUUGGAGCAGACGCCAUCAUCACCAUCAUCAUCAUCAUUAGACAAACCAGUCCUUCACCUUGGCUUCAUCUCACUCAACACAGGAUCGUCCAUCACCAAGCAAUUCCUUUCAUUUGUUCGAAGAUUU